CGCUGCUGCCAUUGCCACUCACACUCCCCACGCGCUGCUCGGAGCCCGAGGGAGCGAGGGGAGCCAGCUAGCGGGCGCUUGAAACCCGAGCCAGCAGAGGGGGCGCCCGGCCGCUGCCUGCACCGCCGCCUCCGCCGCGCUCCGCGGCCCAGGGAGGAGCGAGGGCGAGGCGGAGAGUCCAGGAGUUGAGCAGGGCGAGACCUAACUGCGGGAGGGCGCCGGCCCCACUCAGCAGCCUCCUGCACCCGAGCUGGGGAGAGCCCGCUGACCGCCUUGCGGGCCGGAGAGCAGGGAAACCGGGUCCCCGCAGUCCUAGGGAUGGUCUAGGAGCUGGCGCGGGGGUCGCUGCUCUGCUCCCCGCCGGGGCUCGCCCCCUCCUGCUGAUCACCCAGGGCUGCGAGCCGCGGCGGCCGGGGGCUGCGCGCCUGGGCGGCGCAGGCCGGAGAAGUUAGUUGUGCGCGCCGUUUAGUGCGCGGAGCGAGCCAGCGAUCAAGGGAGGCAGCGAAGCGCUGGGGCCAUGGGCUGGGGGAGCCGCUGCUGCCCGGGACGGCUGGACCUGCUGUGCGUGCUGGCGCUGCUCGGGGGCUGCCUCCUCCCCGUUUGCCGGACGCGCGUCUACACCAACCACUGGGCAGUCAAAAUCGCCGGCGGCUUCCCGGAGGCCAACCGCAUCGCCAGCAAGUACGGAUUCAUCAACAUAGGACAGAUCGGGGCCCUGAAGGACUACUACCACUUCUACCAUAGCAGGACGAUUAAAAGGUCAGUUCUCUCGAGCAGAGGAACCCACAGUUUCAUUUCAAUGGAACCAAAGGUGGAGUGGAUCCAACAGCAAGUGGUAAAAAAACGGACAAAGAGGGAUUAUGACUUCAGUCGUGCCCAAGCAACUUACUUCAAUGAUCCCAAGUGGCCAAGCAUGUGGUAUAUGCAUUGCAGUGACAACAUGCAUCCCUGCCAAUCAGACAUGAAUAUCGAAGGUGCCUGGAAGAGGGGCUACACGGGGAAGAACAUAGUGGUCACCAUCCUGGAUGAUGGCAUCGAGAGGACACAUCCGGAUCUGAUGCAGAACUACGAUGCUCUGGCGAGUUGUGACGUGAAUGGGAAUGACUUGGACCCAAUGCCUCGUUAUGAUGCGAGCAACGAGAACAAGCAUGGGACGCGCUGCGCUGGAGAAGUGGCAGCUGCAGCGAACAACUCACACUGCACCGUGGGAAUUGCCUUCAAUGCCAAAAUCGGAGGAGUUCGGAUGCUUGAUGGAGAUGUCACAGACAUGGUGGAAGCGAAGUCGGUGAGCUUCAAUCCCCAGCACGUGCACAUCUACAGUGCUAGCUGGGGCCCAGAUGAUGACGGCAAGACCGUGGAUGGCCCAGCUCCGCUCACUCGGCAGGCUUUUGAAAAUGGCGUCAGAAUGGGGCGGAGAGGCCUUGGCUCUGUUUUCGUCUGGGCAUCAGGAAAUGGUGGGAGGAGCAAGGACCACUGCUCUUGUGAUGGCUACACCAACAGCAUCUACACCAUCUCCAUCAGCAGCACAGCCGAGAGCGGAAAGAAGCCUUGGUACCUGGAAGAGUGUUCCUCCACGCUGGCCACAACCUACAGCAGCGGAGAGUCCUAUGAUAAGAAAAUAAUCACUACAGAUCUGAGGCAGCGUUGCACGGACAACCACACGGGGACGUCGGCUUCGGCCCCCAUGGCUGCGGGCAUCAUUGCGCUGGCCCUGGAAGCCAAUCCGUUUCUGACCUGGAGAGACGUGCAGCAUGUUAUUGUCAGGACUUCCCGUGCGGGACAUUUGAACGCUAAUGACUGGAAAACCAAUGCUGCUGGUUUUAAGGUGAGCCAUCUGUAUGGAUUUGGCCUGAUGGAUGCAGAAGCUAUGGUGAUGGAGGCAGAGAAAUGGACCACUGUUCCCCAGCAGCACGUGUGUGUGGAGAGUACAGACCGACAAAUCAAGACAAUUCGCCCCAACAGUGCUGUGCGUUCCAUCUACAAAGCUUCAGGCUGCUCCGAUAACCCCAAUCAUGACGUCAACUACCUGGAGCACGUCGUUGUGCGCAUAACCAUCACCCACCCCAGGAGGGGAGACCUGGCCAUCUACCUGACCUCACCCUCUGGAACCAGGUCCCAGCUCUUGGCCAACAGGCUUUUUGAUCAUUCCAUGGAAGGAUUUAAAAACUGGGAGUUCAUGACCAUUCAUUGCUGGGGAGAACAAGCUAUAGGAGACUGGAUCCUUGAAGUUUAUGAUACUCCAUCUCAGCUGAGGAACUUCAAGACUCCAGGUAAAUUGAAAGAAUGGUCUUUGGUCCUCUAUGGCACCUCUGUGCAGCCAUACUCACCAACAAACGAGUUUCCUAAAGUGGAACGUGUCCGCUAUAGCCGAGUCGAAGACCCCACUGAUGACUAUGGUGCAGAGGAUUACUCAGGUCCCUGCGACCCUGAGUGCAGUGAGGUCGGCUGUGAAGGACCAGGACCGGACCACUGCAAUGACUGUUUGCACUACUACUACAAGCUGAAAAACAAUACCAGGAUCUGUGUCUCCACCUGCCCCCCUGGCCACUACCACGCUGACAAGAAGCGAUGCAGAAAGUGUGCCCCUAACUGUGAGUCCUGCUUUGGGAGCCACGGUGACCAGUGCCUGUCCUGUAAAUAUGGAUACUUCCUGAAUGAAGAAACCAAUGGCUGCAUGACUCACUGCCCUGAUGGAUCUUAUCAGGACACCAAAAAAAAUCUUUGCCGGAAAUGCAGUGAAAACUGCAAGGUCUGUACAGAAGCCCACAGCUGCACGGAAUGUAGGAGUGGACUGAGCCUGCAGGGCUCCCGGUGUUCCGUCACCUGUGAAGAUGGCCGGUACUUCAAUGGCCUGGACUGUCAGCCCUGUCACCGCUUCUGCGCCACCUGUGCUGGGGCAGGUGCUGAUGGGUGUAUUAACUGCACAGAGGGCUACUUCAUGGAGGAUGGGAGGUGCGUGCAGAGCUGUAGUAUCAGCUAUUACUUCGACCACUCUUCAGAAAAUGGAUACAAAUCCUGCAAAAAAUGUGAUUCCAGUUGUCUGACAUGCAAUGGUCCAGGGUUCAAGAACUGUACAAGCUGCCCCAGUGGGUAUCUCUUAGACUUAGGAAUGUGUCAAAUGGGAGCCAUCUGCAAGGAUGGAGAAUACACUGAUGAGCACGGCCGCUGCCAGAUCUGUGAAGCCUCAUGUGCCAAGUGCCGGGGGCCAACCCAGGAAGACUGCACGGGCUGCCCCAUCACAAGGAUUUUUGAUGAUGGCCACUGCGUUUUGAACUGUCCUUCAGGGAAAUUUGAAUUUAAGAACCAGUGCCACCCAUGCCAUUACACCUGCCGAGAGUGCCAAGGAAACGCGCCUUCCAACUGCAUCUCCUGUGGAGUAGAUAAGUACGGCUGGGAGCGCUUUUUGUACCAGGGAGAGUGUCGGAGGAGCUGCCCAGCAGGCCACUACCCUACUGAUGGGCACACCUGCCUGCCCUGCCCAGACAACUGUGAGCUUUGCCACAGUGCACACAUCUGCAUACGGUGCGUGGGUGGCUACUUUGUAGUGCCCACCAAUCAUACCUGCCAGAAGUUAGAGUGUGGACAAGGUGAAGUCCAGGACCCAGACUAUGAAGAUUGCAUGCCCUGUGAAGAAGGAUGUCUGGGAUGCAGCGUGGAUGACCCAGGAAGCUGCACAUCAUGCACUGUGGGGUAUUACAUGUUUGAACACCAUUGUUACAACACCUGCCCAGAGAAGACCUACAGUGAAGAAUUUGAAUGCAAAGCAUGUGGUACCAACUGUGGCGACUGCGACCAGAACGAGUGUCACUGGUGUGAAGAGGGCUUCUUUCUCUUUGGCGGCAAGUGUGUGAGGAAAUGCGGCCCCGGCUUCUACAGCAAUUCAGGGAUGGGGGAGUGUGAGCCCUGCCACCCAGCCUGCAAAACCUGCACAGGCCCUCGCUACGACCAAUGCAGCAGCUGCCAAGAAGGACUGCAGCUGCUGCAGGGGACAUGUGCGGGUCCAGCCCAGACCCAGGGGCACGGCAAAGUCUGGAAUGAGCCUGUGCCCACUGCCAGCCCAUCUUUGGUGAAGAGCCUGCUGCAGGAGCGACGAAGGUGGAAGUUUCAAACCAAAAGAGACAUUUUAGGAAAACAACAGCCUUGUCAUUCUUCUUGUAAAACCUGCAAUGGAUCUGCAACCCUGUGUACUUCCUGUCCAAAAGGCACAUACCUGUUGGCUCAGGCCUGUGUUGCCUCCUGUCCCCAAGGCACAUGGUCCUCAGCGAGGAGUGGCACCUGUGAGAACUGUACUGAGGACUGUGCCUCUUGCUCUGGAGACAACUUUUGCAAAAAGUGCUGGACUCAGCCAGACCGCCCUCUCUUCCUCCACCAAGGCAGGUGCUACACCAGAUGCCCUGAGGGCUUCUAUGCAGAAGACGGCACAUGUGAACGCUGUAGCUCUCCUUGCAGAACGUGUGAAGGAAAUGCCACCAACUGCCACUCCUGUGAAGAAGGCCUCGUCCUGGACCACGGAAUGUGCCACGAAAGCUGCUCCAAGAGGCACGUGGCUGUGGAGGGGGAGUGCAAGCAGUGCCCAGAGAUGUGCGAGGACUGCAUCCAUGAGAAAACAUGCAAAGAGUGUAUGCCUGACUUCUUCCUGUACCAGGAUGUGUGCCAUCAGUCCUGUCCCAACCACUUUUAUGCGGAUGCAGGCCAGUGUGUCCCCUGCCACGAAGACUGUCUGAAAUGCAGUGGCCCCUCCGAGGACGACUGUGACCUGUGUGCUGACACAUCCUCAGUUCUCUACGAUGGGUGGUGUUUGGACGAGUGUCCAACAGGAACUUACUAUGAAAAAGAGAUUAAGGAAUGCAAAGAUUGCCACAAGUCCUGCCAGACCUGCUCAUCGUCUGGGAGCUGCACGACCUGUCAGGAAGGCCUGAGGGUGGACAGCCAUGGACAGUGUGUACCUAGCAAGGAAUGUGCCGCCGCCGAGUACUGGGAUGAGGCAGCCCUGGGAUGCAAGCCUUGCCACGCCAAGUGCUUCCGCUGCAUGGGGCCCUCCGACGACCAGUGUCACACCUGCAGGAAGGAUAGCCUUCUUCUCAACACAACCUGCGUGCAGGACUGCCCUGAGGGCUACUAUGCUGAUGAGGACAGCCACCGGUGUGCCCCCUGCCACAGCUCUUGUAGGACAUGUGAAGGGAGACGCAGCACACAGUGCCUCUCCUGCCAGGCGGGCUGGUUCCAGCUGGGAAAGGAGUGCCUGCCGCAAUGCAGGGAAGGAUAUUAUGCAGAAAAUUCCACUGGAUGGUGUGAGCGGUGCAGCAAGAGCUGCAAGGCGUGCCGGGGCCCACAGCACACAGACUGCCUGUCAUGUGAUACACUCCUCUUUCUGCUGCGCUCCAGGGGAGAGUGUCACCGCACCUGCCCAGAGCAUCACUAUGCAGACCAAAGCACACAGACAUGUGAGAGGUGCCACCCAACUUGCGAGAAAUGCAAAGGAAAAGGAGUGUUCAGUUGCUUAUCCUGUGUGUGGAGUUACCACCUAGUGGAAGGAAUCUGCAUCUCAGACUGUAUGGUGGGAGAAUACAGAGUGGGAGAGGGGGAGAAAUUUAACUGUGAAAAAUGCCACGAGAGCUGCAUAGAAUGCAAGGGACCUGGCACGAAUAACUGCACCGUGUGCCCCACCAACCUGCUGCUGCACGCGGAUGACAGCCGCUGCCUGCCCUGCUGCAAUGCCUCCGAUCCCACCCAUACGCAGUGCUGCAACUGCCACGACACCACAGAUGAGUGUGUCCUUCGAGCAAAUGAGGUGGGGCCUGCAGCCGAGCAUUCCAAGACAGCUCUGUUCAUCACCUCCUCCAUUAUGCUGGCGCUUCUGCUUGGGGCAGCCGUGACCGUCUGGAGGAAAUCGCGGGGCCGAGUCCAGCCCAGGGUAAAGACUGGCUAUGAGAAGCUGGCUGACCCCAGGAAGUCUUAUUACUCCUCUAAGAGCAGCCAUCUGCAGAGCACCAGCUUUGAAGAGGACGAGGUGAUUGAGUACAGGGACAGGGACUAUGACGAGGAUGACGACGACGACAUUGUCUACAUGGGCCAAGACGGCACUGUCUACAGGAAGUUUAAGUAUGGGCUGCUGGAUGAGGAGGAGGAAGACCAGCUGGAAUACGAUGAUGAGAGCUACUCUUACCGAUAAAUAGAUGCCGCAGCCACCCCCACCCCCAUUCUGCUCACAGGCAUAUAUGUGACAUUUACAGUUUUGGGAUUUUAUCUCCACACACCUGGCUGAUACGUGGGUGUCUGUCUUCUUACCCACGAGUCCAAGUAGCGUACAUAAGAAUGCUGAGUGUUUUGUUCUUCUUUUGUGUGGCUAAACUUAAUUAACCAUAACUGAAGAACAAGGAUUUAAUUUAGAGGGCUUUUCCUCAAAACCGUAUGUCAAGACACAAAACACCUCAAGCAAAAAAAAUGAGAUUUAUGCAAACUUUAAUGUGAUUUUAGAAAAAGGAAAUGGGCCUGUAGGAAUUCUGUUUCUCACCUGUGCUGUGGAGAUAUCUGCUGCCUUCUGGAUCCUGAUAUUUCUAUAAACUAUUUUAGGAGAAUAAAGAGAUGUAAGAGUUGUUUGUCUGAGGGGAUUUUUCUCCCCUGUCGUUUCUCUUUAGGCAGAGAUUCAGCCUGUGAGGGAAAACUAAAGAGGGUUGUCCUCCUCAUUGCCAUUUAUUGAUCGACUCCAGACUGGCCCUGGUGAGCAGAAGAGGUCACCUCUGCUCUGGGUACUUGCAGCCCAUUUAGAGAUGAGGAAAGAAAAGGGAAGUAGCCUGCCAGCCAAGGAACCACAUGUUUGCUGACCUCUGGUUCCUCUGCAGUAACCCACAGUCAUGAUUCCAGGGACAGAGCAAAUUCAGGCAGGAGAUAGGCAGUAGCAAGCCCAGGAGGGAAACCAGUAAGUUUCCAAGGUAUACACAUUACCUCCUCAUGAUUUGCUGAGAACUUUUCUGGUUGGAAGCACCAGCAAAGACAUCAAGUAAUAAAAGAAAAAUGGCAGUUUUAAGCUAACAUAAAAUGGGAUGAAAUGACAAAACCUUCAUCUACUCUGAAAAAAGCACUUUAGCUGCUAAAUCGAAGCGUUUUCAUCAGCAGCCUGCAUGUCACAGGACUGUGGACAUUCCAUAGGAAGAGUUGGAAUAGACAGAGAAAAUCCCAACAUCCUGCUCACAAACUCAAUCCAGCUGCUGACCCGCCUUCCAACACUCUGAUCUCUGUGAUGUUUUUUCUCAGACAUCUUGGUUUCCCUUUUCCACUCUUCUGUCAAGUACACUCUUGGAUUUGUGCACCUGGGACAGUUUUUCUGCAGACAGUGAUACACAGAGAGGGUUUUUGCUCCACUCUUGAUUUCCUUGUGCCUAACACAGACAUUAGAGGCACUAGUACUAGUAAUGGGCCACCAGAAAGUGACCUUUUCAGAUGGUGAUCAUCAUCAUCAAAAAAAAAAUAUUGCUCACCUGCUCUGUAUUGGUACUGAGCUAAGUAAUUGCUUUCUAAAAAAAUCACCCUCUACUUAAUACCAUAACUUCAUGAGGUGGGUACCAUGAGUACCCUGUUUUUAUAGGAAACCUUUGACUUUCAACAGGCAACUAGCCUAAGGUCACAAAAAGCUAAUCAAGACUGAAGGAAAAAGAAUGCCCCUAAAGUGCAUGUUCUUAAUAACUAUGCUAUACUGACAUAAAGUGGGAAAGAAGCAUCCAAAGUACAGUGAAGUCGUGUCUAUUAUUUUAUUUUAUGAUAUGACAACUUUAUUACUUUUACUAAAUUCAUGCAUUUUCUUUUAACAUAAUGGUUCACUAACACAGGAAACCUCUGUAAAAAAAAAAAAGUCCUCAGUUUACUGAAGGCCUCGGUGUUUCUUUAGGGGAAAGUCCUUAAAACAAAGGCUGGCAAACUUUCUCUGGAAAAAGCCAGAAAGUAAAUACUUCAGGCUUUGCUCAGCUGUCAAUUCUGCCGCUGUAGCACAAAUGCAGCCAAUCCAUCACAGAUGUGUGGGCUGUGCUCCAGAAAACUUUAUUUAUGGACACUGACAUUUGGAUUUAAGAUAAUUUUCACAUAUCAUAAAAUACUAUUCUUCUUUGAUUUUUUUUCUUCAAUCACUUAAAAAUGUAAAACCAUUCUUAGAGCAGUAGAAAAACAGGUGAUGGGCCAGACUGGCCAACAGAUGUGGUUUGCCGACCCUCUUUUAACAAAAAUUCUCAAGAGACCAUGUGUAUGUAACACGCACAUGAUACAUUCCCAAAAUUUUUGGUCAUUUAAAAUCAUCCCUUCAAAAUCUAUGUGAAGCUCUGAUAGUUUCCUUUUCAAUUCUUAGAAACAAAAAUGCACGUAACAGAGCCACCAUAACAAUGGAAGAAUUUAUCAUCUCUUGCUGUGUAAUUAUAGAGUCUAUGGCCUGUGAAAAUAAGUAAUUCUGUUUAUAUUGUGUUGUUCAUCUUCCCUGAUAAUUCGAAAGCUUUGAUAGACUGAGUUUGACAUGUCUUUGUGUAGCCUGGAAAUCGUUUUCCAAGACAAAUCUGUGUUUAUGAUGCACAGUGAAAGAUUAAAUGUGGUCGAGACAACCUUGAAUCCUAAGAAAAAUUCUCUUGUUGUUACUCUAUGUGAGCCUCAAAGGAAGACUUGUGCAGUAGUGUUGGUAGUUUGACAUCUUUCUUCUUUUGUUCUUAGUCCUGCCACACUGUUCUCAUAGUUUUGAAUACUAUGCUAACAGCUGACUAAACAGAUAAAUCUGUAGUUGGAAAACAAGUCAGUUUUUUGGUUAUCUGUUUGCAAAUUACUUGGAAAUAUCAAGAGAAUCCUUGUAGACUGGAAAUACACCAAGAGGCUUGGAAGGUUCCAGUUCACAAAAGUAAUUUUAAAAUUGGAAAUAAAAUUAAAUCAAGACCAGAUAAUGUUAUGGGGACUUGCUUAUUAAUGUACUAUUUCUGAGCUCUUUUUAUGCGUUAUUAUUAUGCUUUACCAAGAAAUACAAAACAAUAAAAGACUGCUAUUUUUUCUUCCUUUUAAAUUUCUACUGCCAAAUAACUAAAUUAGUCAUAUCAGUUAUCGAUUCAAUGUGUCUUUCAGGCCUAUCAUCACUGACUCAAUUAAGCCCUAGCCUUUGUCAUCCAGACCUUUCCUACUUCCUCCUGAAUUAUUGCUGAACUUUUUUCCUUCCAAUUUAUCCUCUACCCUGCUAUCAGUCAUUUAUAGGGUCCAUUGGAUAAUCACAUUCAAGGCUUCCUGUCACCUUCAGUGAUUAUGACAUUCAAACUUUGCAAGAUACAGCCACCUGCCUGUCUCCAGUCCUCCCACCCACCAGAUCCUAGCCUCUCCUACUACUUAGCUUACCCAUGUAUACUCCCACAGCACUGAAUUGCUUCUAAGUUCUCCAGGAUAACAUCCUGCUAAUAUCUCAUGUUCUUGGGCAUACGCUGUUCCCCUUCUUUGACUAACUGGAACAUUUCUGCCCAUCCUUUAAAUCAUCUUCCCUUUACCUCUUCUGGGAGGUCUUCCGUGACCUUCUUGGAGAAAGUUAAUCAUUAUCUUACCUCUUUGCAACCUAGAUACUCUGUGCAGACAGCUUUGCACUUCACAUUGUGAUAUAAUUGUUGAUCAGAUAUCUGUCUCCACUAAAAAGUGUGUAUUCCUUAGGGCCACUACUAUUUCCUUAGCACAGAACCUAACACAGUGCCCAGCAUUUGGUAAACAAUCAAGAAAUAUUGUUGGAAUUGAAUUUAAGAAGACUGGACUCACAUAUAUGAAACAAUUACACAAUGAUAGAGACCACAUGCUGUAUUAUGCAAGUCUAUUUGGUCCUCAGUUAAAUGUUCAGUGGGAAAUGGGGAGGAGACAUGGUGUAUGUUAAUUACAAGAUAACUGCAAAUUAAAACAUGUAGGGAGUGGCUUCACAGGAAGAGGGUUCAUGCUUGGACUUGAUCUGAAAAUGAAAAGAGGCUGUAGAGGGUAUUCCUUGAGGAAGUCACUGGAGUUAACAAGGUGUUGAAUUGACCUUUAUGAUAAUCAUAGCAAAAUAUUAAUUCAUCAAGUGUUUAUUAAGUAUUUACCAUGUGCCAGGCACUGUUCUAGAUAGAAAUGACAGCAAAUGGAAUCAGUCAGAACUUGAGGAACCUGCAGUCUAUUUAGGGAGAACAAAAUUAAUAAUAGCAAGACAACUACCAUUUUCAAUGCUGUCUCUUGGCCAGACACAGUCUUUGGCAUUUUUCUCAUUAAAUGCCUCUCAUUAAUUAAUCCCAACAACACUAAUGCUCUAGAGUAAUGGCAGGAUCCCUCUUUACAAAUGAGGAAAUGGAGGCUCUGUGAAGACUCAAAGUACCGUCAGGGUGUUUGUGAGUGGGAGUGGUCCAACUAGGACUGAAAUCUAGGACUCCAGUCCAUAUUCUUUCUGCUCUACUAUUCUGCUUCCAACCCAAGAAUGAAUCUUGCUUCCUCAGUAUCCCUGGAUCUCACUCCUUUGGAGAUUAGUUUUAGCUGGAGAAUUUGCCAUAAUAAUGAAUCACCAGAAGGGGAUGCAGAUGAAGCACCUGUGGGAUCCUGCCAUCCAGGUCCAUCAUCUGAGGUCAGUGAUUAAAGAAAUAAUUUUAGGUAAUUGUGAGCAUUAACUAGGUAGAACAAUAAAUUGACCCAUUAAAAAGUAUUCAUGGGAGAGUCUACCAUAUAAAAGAAAAAAAAUCAAGAAUUAAGAAUCUCUGAAUACGGAUUCAGGAGUGGCAUCAACUGGGGGAAAAGACUGCUAUUGAGACAAACCGAAGAUUAAGUCUUUGGGUGUUUAAUACAUACAUUUGACCUUGGAAUAGGCCUGUCAAAAUCUGUUCAGAGUUAAGGUCUACUUCAACACUUACGAAAAAAAAAAUUUCUAAAUCGACUACCCAAUCGAAAUACCAAGUUUAGAUGCCAUCAGUGAAAUAAGUGAUAAUCUGCAUUUUGCACUGAAAUGUGAUAAGUGUAAAUAUGUUGUGUUUCAAAGAGAAAUAUAAGAAUUCUAUCAAUGUAUGCUUGGCGCAGAGUUUGGAUCUAACUGAUCCCCACAUGCAAACACAUCUGAUGAUGAAUAAAUGAGAUCAAAAUGGAGGAUUUCACU